GUUGUCUUGAAAUCCACAUGACGACACAAACAGCAAGUAAUACGUAGCUAGUUGCGUCAUUACGCAAUGUUGUGCCAAAUCUGGAGGGAAAAAACAAGCAGCAACGUUUUAUCUGGCUAAUAAAUGAAGUCAGCGGAGGAAACACAGAUUCGGAGGUUCGUUUCUGGACAACUCCGUGAUUGUCCUGACCUAAGCACAUUGACUCUUGGCAUCUUAAGAGGGCGGUAUUUGGCAUGUGUUGGCCGGGACUCACUAAACCAGGAGGACAGACAGUUGAUGAAGAGAGUGGUAGAGGAGGAACUGCUGAGGAUGCAGGUAAAGAUGUUUGACAGUGAUAGCAGUGACAAUGAAGCCAUUAUCCACGUUACCCCGACGCCUCUCCACAACAAACGGAAGAGGGGUAAGGAGGAGGAGAAAGGAGGCAGGACCAAAGCAGAUGGAUCCAAGGCAAAGAGAUCUCGGCUUCAGUCGGCCCAAUCAGAUUCCCCAGAUUCUGGACUCGAGAGAGUGGGAAAUGGAGAAAGGCAGAUGGCGGAAGAAGAGGAGGGGAAGGUCAUGGGAAGUGUUGAGCAAGUUUCCCAAAUCGGCACAAAGAAAAACAAAGGGGGACACAAAGGAGUACACAAUGGUGGGAAGACUGAAACUAGCUCAGAAAGUGAUGUUGAGAUCAAAACGGUGAAUCGGAGGAAGAGCGAACAUGACUCUGAAGUCGAGGAAGAAGAUUUUGAGGAGAACAAAAAGUGGAAACGAGAUGAAACCCACAAACAGGAAAAGGACAAAGUCAAUUCAGAAAGUGACUCUGAAGAGGAUAAAAAAAGAGCGGGAGGAAAAGAAAAUGUGGAUGUGAAAGUGCAGAGUAAGUGUUUGAAAAGGAGGGAGAGUGGAAAUGAGGUAAAGGGAAAACCAUUGCAGAGAAGAGAAAGAGUGCAGGUUGUUGGGAGUGACUCGGAGCACAUUGGAGAGGCUGAAGUAAUGGCGCAGAAAGGGGUGAAAAUACAAAGAAAUGACAACGACGCCAGGUCAGAGAGUGAGGGAGAAAAGAAUGACGGUGCAUCUUCAGAGGAAGCCAGCGGGGGAGAGGAUGAAACCGAAGAAGUGAUGACUAAGACGAAGGAUGAGCCAGCCCAAGACUCUGACUCUGGCUCAUCCCUCCCAUCAUUGGAGGACGAACAGGAAAGUGAGGUCAGGCCAGAACAGGUGAAAAAGAGGAAGUCUGUGGCUAAGCGGCCAAUAAAGGGUGAGAGCGGAUCCAAAGGUGGAAAGGACAACACGGCGGUAGCCAGGCUGAAGCGUUACAUCGCCCUCUGUGGUGUGAGACGGAACUACAAGAAGCUCCUGGAUGGCUGCUGCUCCAUCAAGUCAAAGGUGGCUGUGCUGAAGAGGGAGCUUGAAGAACUGGGUGUCGAAGGCCAGCCUUCUAUAGAGAGGUGUAAGAAAGCCAGACUUAAGAGAGAGGAGGCUCAGGAGUUGGCAGACCUAGAUGUCUGCAACAUCAUAACUACACAAGGUCGUCCAAAGCGGAGAGGGGUGUCCAUAUGGCAGCAACAGUCCUCCCCUCCAUCCUCUGCUUACAAGCGUGUAGUCAACUCAAGCUCAGACAGUGAAGAGGACAGUCACGCAGGCAGGGGGCGCAAGAGAGCCACAGACUGGAGUAAUCUGCAGGGGAUCAUCAGUGAUGACGCAGACAGCAACUGACAGGCUUUGCUCUUCUGGUCAGGAGGAUCAAGUUGCCUCCAGACUAGAAGUCUUCACAGGUCCAAAAAGUUGGACCGGUACCGAAAUGGACCUUGGGCUUCCCCACCCGGACCCGAUAUGCAUAAAACAUUCUAGACCCGUUCCUGGUCGGCUCCACACCCGAUCCGAAUGAGAAAAGCAACAGAAAAGUAUUAUUUUUUUUAAGCUACUUUAUUCUGGAAACGAACCUGACCGGGUAUUUGGGUACAGAUGGGUCCGUGAAGACCUUCACUUUUGCAUUUUCCUCUACACGAUGGAAGCUUAGUUGCUGGUUGUUUUACUGCCCAUUUUAGCUUAAUGUUGUCUGUAUGGUUCUCAGAUACACAUGAUUAAGGCCUAGAUUCAAUCAGACCAGCAAUGGCAAACACUUGCAUAGCAGAUGUUUUGGUGGUGUCAGAGAUGGAACUGUUUGUGCUGUCAAAUCUGUGAGCAGCUGCUGUUGCAGUCAUUGUCACAGCCACUGGUAUUAAAGUUCACAAUGAGGAAGUGUCGGCUAUAUAGAAAUAAUUACACUCAAAUUGAAAAUCAUUAACGAAAUAAUGAGGAUUUCUAUCAUCCUAAUCGAGGUGUAGAUUACUUCACAUUCCAGUGUUCGAACUUGUAAACCAGGCUGAAUGGGAUUUCUGUUAUGAGCGACUCCGUGCAGCCAAUGGCAAAGUCCACAUUAGGUGUAAUGCUUGGAGCCACUUGUGGAUUUGACAGCUUUAAAACAGUUCGACCUCUGACACCACUUGCUUUCUAAAGCGGAUCUGAUUGAAUAGAGCCCUAAAUCAGUUUCUUCCCUCAUUAAAACACUUAGUUGUAUGCUAAACAAACCUUUGCAAUAUAAGCUUUUGCCUUAAUUACUUCAGUGUUGCCAUGUACAAAGAAAAAAGGUAUAUUCUUGUAUAUAGGUACGCAAAUAUUACUUUUCCUUCUAUUGCCGUACAGUUUGAGACCCGUUAGGUUAGCUGUUGAGUCAAGUGUGUGAUUUACAUGACUAUUAGUGCUGUUGUUCCAUUUAGUGCUUCCAUUAGUGCUCUGUUCUGUUCCAUUUAAGUCAUGAUUCAAUAAAGCUUUAGAUUUGUAUAAAU